UACUUAAACAUUUUUUGUUUUGUAUGUGUACAGUUGCUCGAGAUGACAUGAGCUUUGACGGCGCCUGUUUACUACAUACUUACACGCCAAUUCGGUAAAUCUCUUAUCUACAACUGUUCUAGGCCAAACACUGGGUGAUAUUUAUAGCAACAAAAUUCUAUAGCAAGUCCCUUCGUUUUUUAACAUAACUUAUUUAGCAAUGCAUAAGUUUUUAUGGAAUUUUGCCGAACUAUUGCCCAUUGUUUUAUUGUAUUACAAUGCGCUAACGGCUGCACAAACAGACAACAGACCGAAUAUAGUCAUUAUAUUGGCAGAUGAUUUGGGUGUCGAUGAUGUCAGCUUUCGUGGUUCCAAUCAAUUCCUUACACCAAAUAUCGAUGCUUUGGCCUAUAGUGGCGUUAUUUUGCAAAAUCUUUAUACUCCAGAUAUGUGCUCGCCUUCUCGAUCGGCGCUGCUAACCGGAAAAUAUCCGAUACACACAGGCAUGCAACACUACGUCAUACCAAACUAUGAGCCGUGGGGUCUUCCGCUGAAUGAAACAACAAUGGCACAGAUUUUCAAACAGCACGGAUACUAUACGAGUAUUAUUGGGAAAUGGCAUCAGGGUAUGUCACGCAAAGCAUAUACGCCUACGAGGAGAGGCUUCGAUCAACAUUUCGGCUACUUGGGUGCCUAUGUGGAUUACUAUGCUCAAACCUUGGAUGCUACGUACAAAAAUCUAUCACGCGGUCACGAUUUCCGUGACAAUCUUGCUGUAUCGCGCGAAUAUAUUGGUACCUAUGUCACCGAUCUGCUCACCGAAGCAGCAACCAAAGUGAUAAGCAAACAUGAUGCCCACAAACAACCCUUAUUUUUGCUACUAAGCCAACUGGCGCCGCAUACCGGCGAUGAGGAUGAUCCAUUACAGGCGCCUCCUGAGGAAGUAGAGAAAUUUGCAUAUAUUAAAGAUGCGCAAAGGCGAACGUAUGCAGCUAUGGUCUCCAAACUCGAUCAAUCUGUAGCUUCCGUGAUUGAUGCGCUCGCCCAAAAAGGCAUACUCAAUAACACAAUUUUGAUCUUUCUUUCCGACAACGGUGGCCCGACUAUAGGCCUGCACGCAACUACAGCCUCCAAUUACCCACUCAGAGGCCAAAAGAGCUCACCCUGGGAGGGUGGCAUACGCUCAUCGGGUGCCAUAUGGUCACCGCUACUCGAACAUUUGGGCACUGUGUGGAAACAACACUUCUAUAUCGGCGAUUUGUUGCCCACAUUAGCGGCAGCGGCCAACAUACCACUCGACUCACAACAAAUGAAACUCGAUGGCCUCAAUCUUUGGUCCGCGCUAAAAUAUGGCUACAAUUCGGUGGAGCGUGAAAUUGUGCACAACAUUGAUCAGAUCAGCAAUUAUAUUUCAUAUGGCAAGGGAAAAUGGAAACUUAUUAAUGGCACUACAUAUGAUGGCAUCUACGAUGAUUGGAUAGGGACGCGUAGCAAUGAGAGCAACGAUGAGUUGGAUCCACGCGCUGCACACUACGAGGAGGUCAUAAUGAAUACUACAGUUUGGCAACAUCUAGCCGAGAUCAAUGCGAAAGGAGGCGCGCUGGCUCCGCGCACAAUCAACAUAACCAAAUUGCGUGAGGAUGCAGCGAUCAAUUGCCAACUGGCUAAUGCGUCACAUGGUGUAGCGUGUGAUCCUUUGGUGGCGCCUUGCCUCUUCGAUAUCGAUGUAGAUCCUUGUGAGCAAAAUAAUUUAUAUCCAGCCAUGAAUGGUAGUAAGUUGGUGCAGGAGCUACUGAAGCGAGUGGCGCAUUUCUGUGAGACGGCGCAUGCGCCAAAUAACAAACCGUUAGAUCCAAACUCUGAUCCACAAUUGUACGAUGGCGAAUGGACUUGGUGGGAAGAUGUACAGGACGGAGUUGAUGAAAACGGCAGCGGCAAUGAUGGUGCGAAGAUGGCGGAAGUCGUUAGCGUUGCUUUUAUUUGGACGUGUACUUUUGUGCUAUUCAUAUUUUGAAGUAUUCUAGUAGGUUUUAAGAAAAACGAAUUUAAGUGUGAAACGUUUGUUAUUUUUUAAUGAAAACCAAGAUUUUAUUUAUAAAUAUAUUUAUGAAACGAAUAGCUAGUAUUUCGUUUAUCUAAAAUAUACAUACA